AUUGUCUCAAUAACAUACUGAAAAAUCAUGAAGAAUCGAAAUUAUUUAGAAAUGGAAUAAUGUUUUCUCUUUUUGUAUUGACGGUCACAUGGUAUACUUAGGGAAGUAGGAUCCUUAAGAGGGCUUAAGGACCCUGUCCUUGCAAAUACAGGUAGUCUAGUUACUGUUUAUUUUUUUUUUUCAAUUGCCUUUGAUAUAAAAACCACAAUUUUCCGUUGAGGCCCGCUCAAGUGGGCUCGCUUGUCGUACAACGCUCGGCUGUAUGUCGCAAGCAGCUUUGGAAAUAGCGACAUGUAAGUUCAAUCCGCGUUCGAAUCCGGGAGCGAAUCAAUGACUUUCUCGGAAAUUCUGUAGUUUAAUACGGUAAAAGAAAGACGCAGAACAGUAUUCAGAUAAGGUUUUCUUUUUCUACAAAUACAAAAUACAAAUACGUUUAUUUCAUUACUUUUUACAGUAGUUCAUAGGUAUGAAAGUCAGGUAGGUAAGUAGUCCAACUUAGGUAUAAUAAGUAGGUAUUUAUUUCAACAAUGUGCAACAAUUUGAUCGUAUACUCGUAAGUAAUGAGAAAGGUGCGGGUACAGCUUGCUCGAUUUAAACCCACCCUUAGCUAACUGGAGAGGUAUCGGUAUUAUAUAACGAAUUAUACAAUUGACUUAAAGAGAUAUAAUAAAGAGACAUAAAUAAAACCGGACAAGUGCGAGUCGGACUCGCUCGCCGAGGGUUCCGUACUUUUUAGUAUUUUUUUGUUAUAGCGGCAACAGAAAUACAUUAUCUGUAAAAAUUUCAACUGUCUAGCUAUCACGGUUCAUGAGAUACAGCCUGGUGACAAACGGACGGGCGGACGGACGGACAGCAGAGUCUUAGUAAUAGGGUCCCGUUUUACCCUUUGGGUACGGAACCCUAAAAAGAGGUCUUUCAAAAGUGGGCUGAAAAUUAUUAUUUGGUCUAAAACGUAGUAACAAUUUCGCAGCAUCUGUUCUGUAGUUGCCAUGUCAUUUUAACAUAUUUUGCACUUAUUUUAUAUUAUAAAUAUGUUUUGACGACCUGUCUAGGCUACUGGGUAGUAACCCUGUCUAUGAAGCCUUCGGUACAAAUUAGUAAAAAAAUUUAAAAAUCUACAAAAGUAUUGGGUCACUCAUACAAUUAUGACCGCGAAUGCCGUUGCUUAACCUCGAUAAUAUAAUUACAUACUUUAAAUAAAGACUAUAUUUUUAUGAUUUAAUAACGAAUGUAUAGUUUUCAAAAAAAUCCUUAUACUUGUAGUAUAAGACGAUAUUACUUGCUAAAUUUUAUAGUUAUAUAAGUCAAUUGAAAGUACCCUAUAAGGUUUGAUUCCCUUGAGAAUGUCGAAAUAUACGUUUUUUUGUGGCAUAAACGGCGGUAUCCUUUUUUUUCGUUAACUUAUGAAGUUUGAUUUUUUCACAGCUUCAAGGGGCUGUUGGUUAGGUAUAUUUUUAGUGCUUAAUAAUUUAUUCUUACACUGCAAUGAGGUUUUAAUUAAAAAAAUAGGUAGCAUAAUCAUAUAAAAAGAAAAUUAAAUCCCCAACGCAAUAAAAUGAAUGAACCAAUUUGAUUAAAUACAUAUGUCUAAAAACCAACGCUAGAAAACCUGCUUUCAAAUAAAAAGGUGGUCAAACUAUACCACUCCUAUUUUGAGUCGGGGGUUGAAAACGUAAUGUACCUCGGCUUGUACUCUAAAAAAGUAAUUGAACAAUUUUGAGCGCACCGAAUUUUGGUCUGAGUAGAAUGGCCCGUAUUAUGAAUAUUAUAUGGCACUAUAAAUUCAACUUCUUCGACGACCGUUAGUGUAAAUUUAUUCGAUAGCGAAACGUGACGUACGCGUUUGCGUUAAGUCUCAUUUUGUAUGGGAAUUUGAGUUUCCAAAACGUCCCGCUUGGCGCGCUGUUCCUAUAUCCCAUACAAAAUGAGACUUCACGCAAACGCGUAUGUCACGUCACGCUAUCGAAUAAAUAUACACUAGGGGUUCCAAUCUAGUGGCCCUGCCUAUGAAGCCGAUGGUCCUGGGUUUAAAUCUCGGUAUGGGUAUAUUUGUUGAGUUUGGAGAUAUUUGUUCCUGAUUUAUGGAUGUUUAAUAUGUAUUUAAGUAUUUGUUUAUUAUAUAUAUCAUUGUCUGAGUACCCACAUCACAAGCUUUUUUUGAUAUUCUUACACAAAUUGACUAAGUCCCACGAAACUUAUUUUUAUUUUAUUUAUUCAACUAAAAUUUGCACAAUAGUUCGUCCGAUGAACCGAUGAAGACGCAAAUGAAGAGGAUAUUGCACCGACAAGAUGGCGAUAAAACUGCACUAAUGCAUAUCGUAUGCGCAACGGUGAUCAGCCUUCAGAUUGCACUUCCGUUACAUUUAAAACUCAUAAACCUCAGUAAAUCUAGGUAUUUAUUUAUUGGCUAUUGUUCAUACAGUGUAAAUCCAAUACGGGCGAUAAAUUAAACCAGAUAUAGAAUUUAUCCGAUUUAUACACUUAAUUAUGACCUUAGUUACUUAACUGACGGUAAAAAUACGGCCACCAAUUAUCCCAAGCCUUUAUCUCUCCAAUUACUUAAGCAUUUACCGUGUCGAAUUUGAACUAGGAUAUUAUUUAUCUUGUAGGGAAUCAGGAUGUACAUAUAAUUAUGCAGAAUGAUGAAUGAGCGAUAAAAUUGAAAACGAUAUGGAUCAUCCAUAUUUUGCAACAGUGUAUCUAAGAUUGCAUGUGAUGGGAUGUCAGGCAGACUAUUAGUCUAAUUUUUAUGAGCUGUUAAAAUAUUCAAUUAUUAUAACGGAUGUAUCAUGAAUAAAAACUUUAAAUUAUGGUUUAAUAAAUAUUACUAUUAAUCUUUUGUUAUUCAUUUAUUCAUUAAUUUAUUUAUUACAAAAUAUAUGAGCAUUACAGUCAACAAAAACCAAGGCGCUUAUAUACUAGGACAAUUCAUUAUAGCUAUAUACAUUUAAAAAAUAAGCCACAAAAAAAAAGUAAAAUGUCACAAUAUACAUUCAUGCAUUAAAAAUUCAUGCAAUAUUUAUAAAUAAUGGCAUGGUAUUAUGUUAUAACUCAAAGUUCGAUAUAUUACCGGUCCCUCUGUUUUUGAUUGACAUGUCGAACCUGCGCUUUAUAUAACAAAACUUGGUGUCUGUAGCAAAACAGUAUUUUGCUCUUUUAAGCACCCCAAGCUUCUUGGAGGCCAGUUUGGCUUUUAAGAUUACUCGGAAACUAGAUUUCGUUCGUAACGUCAACACCGAACCGGCUAGCAUGAGUUGAGUUCUCGCGCGCGAGUCCAUACUUGAAGUCGCGCUAAAUGGAUGGAAUCGCGAGAACGCAACUCAUGCUAGCAGUUCAAGUGUUCUAAUACUUUUAGACAUGCUAAGGGAAUGCCCUAAAACUUUGGCACUUUAACAAAAGGGGUUUUCUUAGCAGAAAACUGUGAGUACUUUGAACUGGACGGGAUUACGUUUAUCUCAUUCGAAGACCAGCUCUAGGGACGUAUCGCUCUCAGACCCAAGUCGCAUCUGGGGCGGCGUUUGCACGACCUGUGUAGCAGCUAUCACCAGGGCUAUCAUCUGCAUAGCAAUGAAUAUUGUGGAUUAAUAACAUAUCAUGUAUAUGCAGAAGGAAUAGGAUAGGCGAUAGGCAGAUCCUUGGGGUACGCCAGAGUUUAUGGGCCAAGUCCUGUAUGUUCCGUCAGUGACAACGGAAACACUUCACCCAAGUAGGAAGCUGGCAGCUCAUGUGCCCAACUUCUCAGGAAGCCCGUACGAGGGCAGUUUUGAAAGAAGUGCCUUAUACCAGACCUUAUCGAAAGCUUUUGCAACUGCCGGUGCCUCUAGCUUGCCCUUGUUCUAUAUUUUUUUAAGAUACUAUAUUCUGGGUGCGAUGUGUAUUUUAGGAAUGCUGGCAGUUUGAAAAUUGUAUGUCGAGCGUUUUUAUUAUUUUAAAUCGAUACAUUUUCCGUGCUAAUUGCACUACCUAAUUAAUAUUGGUAUUAAUUUAAGGGAUGUUUGAUGUCCUUUUCAGCAACAUAUUUUGUGUUUCCAAAAAUAUUAUUUAUUUGAGUUUAAGACGUGUUUGCAAGUGCACAGUCGCCCCAAAGAAUUGUGAUACUUGGGAACCUUUUUUAGUAUCUUAUAAUGUAGUUUUUCGUUUUAUUGGGCCAUUCAAAAAUAAUUUAUAGGUUCUCUAAAUUCACUUGGCGUACAUAUAUUACACGACACAACUCAUAUUGGAACUAGUGCACCAUUUUAGCUGGUACAAUAACAGUAGUUUAUAUUAUUAAUGAUUUUCUGGCUUGCAUACAUCUGCAUUAAAUACACAUUGUUCUAACGUUUGUUAAGUGGAUAAGUAUCAUCUGACCAUUUUCAGGUCUUUAACCCAUAAUGGAAACGCCUUAAAAUUUAGCAUAAUGCACGACCCUUCAAACAAUUAUUUCCAUGUUUUUUCAAGCACCUUUAUUUAUUUUUAUUUAUUUAUUUAAACUUUAUUGCACACAUAAAGAAAAAUGUACAAAUGGCGAACUUAAUGCCAAAAGGCAUUCUCUACCAGUCAACCAUUGGGUUAAACAGAGACAUUUGUGUAUGUUGGUGCAGGAAAAAAUAAUAAUAAUAACAACCUUUAUCUUUGAACUCAAAAAAACUUUUUUUUUGCAAACAAAAUAUGUCACUAAAAAGGUAAUUAAACAUCCUUUAAAUUGAUACCAAUAUUAAUUAGUGCAAUUACACUAUGACCUAUAAUCACUCAAGUCCGAUUUAUGAACUAGGCGUGAUGUUUUCGAUGGCAAAUAUAUGAGAAUUGUAAGGGGGAAAUUCAAGGUGUUGGUGACGAUAACGGCACCACUUUUCAGCCUGGCAACAUCGGGUUUCAUGAAGCCUAGGAACACCCUACAGGGAUCAGAAGUCAAACUGCGGGCCUAAUAAUUAUGCAUACGACACAGUUCUAGAGAUCCUGGUCUAAUACUAGAUAUGUACUACGGCGGUUUAAAAACAACAUCAAUUAAUAAAUUAAUAAAUAUUCAUCGACUGGAGUUUAAUGUCGACGCAGUUGUCUGAACUUCUGCGAGCCAUCGGAAUAAUUUGGUGCGUGUCAGACAGGUGCUGUUUACCAUUUUCCUCGUGUACCAUAUUCGCAAGACAUCCGUUUGCUCAUACCCUGCAAGCGAGUCCGUAUGUCCAAAUGCUGACCCCAAUAGCACGAGCCAAGAUAACACCUGAUGCUGUUAUGCGAUAAUGCACAAUAAUAGCAAAGAGGGGAUUUCAAGUUUAAAUAAAAAGAAACGGCGCCGCGCCGGUGAGAGUGACAGUGCAUCGCGAGUAGCACGCGUACCGCCGUGCGAGAAAGUUUACUUACAACGGUUUUGGCGCCAACGUUCCGAAUUCAAAAAACAUUUUUGCUUUUUAAAACAGGAACAGUGUAGUGUCUCGCUCUAUCGUACUGGGUUGGAUAGUGACGUGUGUAAUUAGUGACUUUCGCUGUUUGGACAGGAUGAUGCGUUAUAUGAAGUUAUGGAUGAUCGUAUGUCUGACGACAUCAUUGGCAGCGCCGUCACCACCUCAGUUGGGGCUGGACAUCAUUGACCUGGCCGCCAUUAGCAGAAUGUCUCCUAAACAGCUGGAAGCGCUGGCCGAAGGUCUGGCAGCGGAGGAAAUUAUGAGGACAAAGAGGUCAUCAGCACAAGCGCUUAGUUCCGUCGUAUCGAAAGCAUCAUCAGCGUCAUCCCUAGGCAGCAAGAUCGGACUCCUCGGUCAAGCAUCAUCAGGGGCAUUGACUUUCAUCGCCUCUGCUUCUAGCAAGUCAGGCCAACACGACGAACAUCCUGGAUAUUCUUAUGAACCGCAAGAAAGCAAAGUCGACUUCUGGGGUCUCAAGAAGUCCAUCCUCUACACUCUACUUCAAGCAGUCAAGGCCAUCACAGGAGGGGUGACCAUCUUGAAGGGCCAGCUGAUCAAGGGUGGUGGCGCGCUGGCUUCGACUUUGGGCAAAGUCAUAUCGGUCAAGGGUGAAGCUGUCAGCAACUUUGGCAAGAAAAUCGUGUCGUCAGCUGCAUUGAGUCAUAAGAAACCAUCGCCGCCGGUAUACGGCCCGCCGCCCGCGCACAUUGACUACCCGCCGAGCGCAUACGGCGCGCCGACAGCCCCCGCGCAUUACUCGGCGCCGACCGCGCCGGCGCACUACGGAGCGCCGUCAGCGCCUACCGGCUUCGCUUCGCACAAAUACCCCUCGCAUUUAGACGGACGAGGUAAACUGAACGGAGUUCACGCCGGACUCGUCAUACUCACGCCGCUGGAAGAUGGCGGCACCAGCGAAGCCCAGCAUACACACACCGGCCACACCCCCCUCGAACCACCCCCCUCUAUCCUUCACACUGCCUUCAGUGCCAUCAAAAACGUCUUCUCCUCAGUCACACCCUCUUUCCAAAAACCCCCCGAACCAGAAGUAGACUCGUACCAACCACCCCCACCAGUUCCUGCCUUCAAACCAAUGACCUGGGGCGCCGUCAACUCCUACGGAGAACCUGCCAUGGUCGAAGCUCACCCUGACUAUGACCCUCGCAAUCCAUACCCCCCUUUCGAUAAGGCGUCCAAUAAAAAGGGUGUAGUACCUCGACCAGUCCCAGUCUUUCACAGAACAGGCUUGACUGAUGACAAAAUACAAAAGAUAAGUCAUAAUUUGAAAAAGAUUGCUGCUCUCAUGAACGAUAACAUUCAAAGAUCAUCAGAAGAACAUCCGAAAAUUACUCCAAUGGAUGUCUAUAGGGACAUGCUUGUCAAAGGCGAACUUCCUCUAAUCCCAACUCCUGUAGUAACCGAUAAUGAAAUAGGUGUUUUAUCCGCUGACCUCCUCCCUUCCGAUUCCCCAACGACAACAACGACAACGACCACGACAACAACAACGACAUCAACAACGACAGAAAAACCAAAGACAUCGACAGAAAACCAGACGGAUAGGAGAAAGAAGGAUGUGAAGUAUAUCCUACGAGGGAACAGAAUAGUCAUAGUUUGAUCGACUGACCGACAAGACUGACUGAGAUGUUCCUGAGCACGGUGCGGUGUUAGGAGGCGAAGAGCUGCAACAUUACUACUAUCAUCAGUAACUUAUUGGUCGCCAGUGAUAAAUAGUUAAUUAGGGCCCUGUCGGUCUACGCAAGCCUGGGCAUUUAUCUUAAAAUAUGAAUUUUAUGCUACUUUGUGUGUACUUAAAUAUUUAAUGCGUGAAAACAAAACGCAUUGUGUGGGGAACGACGCCAUACUUGAGAACAAUGAGUAUUUUCUAUUAAUAUAACUUUAUGCUGUCGUAAAAAAGAUCUAUGAAAUUUAGUAAGGUUCUUGGGAAUCUGUUCAGGGCUAUCCCUCCAAAUUUGUCAACAUCAUAAAAAAUAUGCAUGUAAAAGUAAUAUUACGUAUGGCAUCGUUCCACAGUGGAACGAAGAAAAUGCAAUGCCACUCAACAGGUUGUUGUAAUAAGAAGUACACAGACAUAAUAGUUUGCUUGUAAUAUAAACGUAGGAGUUUGCUCAAAAUAGUUGACGAAGAUUUCUUCAGGAUGCAUAUGUUCCAAUUGCGGAAAGUUUCUAAGAAGUUGUGAAAGUUCAUGGAAAUUUCAGGAAUAUUUCACAGGAAAUAAAGUAAAAAAAGCAAUAGCUUGCGUAGAUAUCUCAGAGGCUAACAUUAGUUUAUCCGCACCUGUCUAAAACCGUGUAUUAUUAAGUAAAUAAGUCGCUAUUUAUCUAAUCUUUAACUAAAUUAACUUUCGAACAAAAUUCUGAAUCAUGUGUAUGUGUUGGUAUUAUGUACGCAAUGAUCAUUUGUGUGUUGUUUUGAUCAGAAAUGGCUCAAUACCAAAGUUAUAGUGUCCUUGGUUUCCCAAAUUUCUGUAAUGUAUAACUUUUCUUUUACGUAAAGCAAGAUAGUCUGGCCAAAAUAACGUGAUAUUAUUGUAUGGAGAUCAAAUAUUUUCAUGACGAGUUUCCAUAGC